UGGAAACUCACCCAAAGAAGCACGAGGGAGUAAUAAGGGAGCAUGAAAAAGAAAGGUGAAGGAAACUGGAACCCUGCUUGAAGACAGGUGAAGGAAACACAAAAAGAGCCUCUCCUGAGAUCCAAGGAAAGGUGGUCGUUCAGACAAUGACAGCAUGAGUGUCAGUAAGCAUUAAACUCAUCCACCUAACCCCGCAAGAUUACCACAGAUUACCAGGCCACGAGGUAGGCCUGAGACGCUGGACUAAUCACUUCUUCAUGAGUUCAAUCCCUCUCACUGAGGUGGAGGAACAGGUUGAAGAACGGGAUGUGCCCUGAGAGUGGAACCGAUUAGUCUCAAAAUCCACAGGAUAAGAUUUAGAUGUUUGUCUUUAUCUGAGAGGGGAGAAGAUAUUAAUAUGAGACCCGAGCGGUGACUGCAGUAGAAACAUGGGCUAAAUUUGUGACCAAAGUCUCCAAAAGGAAACAAAGGUCCCAAAUUUAAACCUGGCCUGCUUCUCUUCAUCAUGCUUAUUUCCUUUAAGUGACACUGCAGCAGGAGGAGAGUUAGAGCUCCCCCUGCAUCCUCUGGCCCGCACAUCUGUCUCUUGUUGCUGGAAAAGAUUAAAUCCCAUAGCUUCAUCUUUCUUUAUUCCACUGUUAUUUGACCUUUGCUCAGCGCUAGCUCUCCUUCUCCAGCGCUGCCCUACUUCUAUCUCUCCAACAGACUACUUUUUAUCUUCCCCUCCGUCCUUCGUUCCACUUCUCAAAUACCACUAAUCCCCUCUCCUCACUUCUGUCUCUUUCCUACCACUUUAUUUUCAAUCUCUAUUGUAUUAUUGCAGAAAGCUCCCCAAUCUUCUGCUCUAGACAGGUCACCAGAACCUGUCUGGCUCUUGCAGCUAUUUUUGACACACACUUGCCAAAACCAUUUCAUUUCUCAUUUGGCUGCUUUUGAGUUGAGACACAGUCAUGCUGGAGAAAAUGUCCAGACGUAACCGCUCCCUGCUGUCACUGUUCCUCACCUCUCUGGCCCUCACGCUGUCCGUCUGGGCUUUCUGCACCUCUUAUUGGUGCGAAGGGACACACAAGGUGGUGAAGCCGGUCUGCCUGUCGCCAGUCAAGAUGAAAAACUGCGGGCAGAACAACAGCCAGCCGUACACCACAGAGGUGCCCACCCCAGACCCCAGGAACCCAGCCUCCAAUGUCACGCUGUCUCCUCAGCAGAAGGAGGAGCUGGAAAGGAUAAGGAAAAAGCAGCUGGCCAACGCUGUCCACUACAUCUGGGAGACAGGGGAGGACAAGUACAUGCUGAGAUACUUCCACACUGGCUUCUGGCUGUCCUGCGAGAAGCACAAUGAAGGUGCAGAUCAGGAAGAAAAGUGUCGAAGUUUCAUUGAGCUGACACCAGGAGAGACACAAGGUGUGCUCUGGCUGUCUGUCAUCAGUGAGUUCAUGUACAUCGGUCUCCUGGCUAUGGGCUUCUUACUGAUGUGUGUGGAAGCACUGUGCCUCUGCGCCAAGAGGGAAAUGAACGCCCUCAAGAUCAAUGCCUUUGCAGCCAUGUGCACUGUCCUCUCAGGCAUGAUGGGGAUGGUAGCUCACAUGAUGUACACAACCGUGUUUCAGAUGACUGUUAGCAUCGGACCUAAAGACUGGAGGCCACAGAGCUGGGACUACGGCUGGUCUUUUGCCAUGGCAUGGCUUUCAUUCAGCUGCUGCAUGGCAGCUGCUGUGGCCACAUUGAACUCCUACACCAAGACCAUCAUUGAGAUGAAGCACCGGGCUCGGGUAAGGCUGGAGGAGGCCCGAAAUACCACCAGUGCCCCCUCCUAUGAGGAGGUUGUUCGAGCUGGGCCGGGAGGGAUUUACUCCGUCAGUCAGCUGAUGCAGCUUGGACAACAGGGGGCUCUAAUGGACCCAAUGUGGCCCAGAGGAGUGGGACCAGCUGUUGGACCUCUGGCAUCAGGUGGAGUAGGAGGGGGGAAGCUGGCAGACCCUCAUGGUGUGGUUGUGGUGGAAGGCUGCGGCACCGAAGGAUGUGAAGAUUGUGAACGUGAGAUGGACGAGAUAAAUUAUGCCCUCCAGGAGGAGCGAGAGGACUCACUCUGCUAAGACUUCUCGGGGCAGAAGACCUCGACAAACAUCUCUCCACGGCAGAUUUUACUUAUCUCACUAAAACUACAAUAAAAUAUAUUUUUUUUAAAUUCACAGGACUUGCACAGACACACACGCACACCUUUAACCUUUAACUGCAGUUUUGUACAUGUGGGAUUGUACAAAUGAAGUUUCAAAUCAAUUCUAGACUAUUUUCAGUACUACAUCUAUUACAGUAUGAGAAUUUCAAUUUCUGGACCAGUAGCGAGCAAAAGAGCCCGAACUAUUAGUGUUGUGGUUUAUUACUGUAAGAGUUACCACAGUAACAUUUUCAUGCUAUCUCAGUAAUGUUUCUGUCCACAUGGCAAACUCUGCAGACGUAUGUGCAGUAGAAGAACCAAAAUAACUGGCUUAAAGACAAUGCAAGCUUCACAGAGCUGCAAAGUUGGGAUUAUUAUAUUGGCAAGCGAAUAUUUGAAUAGGGUUUAAUACUUGAAUCAGAAUAUUAUGAUGUAACAUUUAUUAGAUUUGCCCUUCUACAUGUCUUACACAUGGAGUUAGCUUACAGUUGUUCCUGGCUGGAAGUACAUAUAACUUUAGGCAACUGAAAUUUAAACACACGCACACACACACACACGCACACACACACACACAC